AUGGGAUGCUCGGCAAGCUUUUCAUUCUUCCCGAGAUGCGAUACAGCGACAAACCGCAUAAAGAAACAAAGUUACAUGCUUACCGGCAGGGGUCAGGAAGUAGCAGAACAUGCAAUGACAUUGGCAGACGCCAAACCGAACCUGCCGUCUCCAAGGGAAGGAAGGAAGGAAGAGAAACGUUAUGAAAACGGGAAACCGCAAACUGGUAUCACAAACAUCCUGAUGCAGAGCCAAGCAACUGUCGAAAAUGGUGCAGGGGGACCUCUACGUCUUCGGUUGAGUGGCUUGCCCUUUCCACUGGAGGACGAUGAAGAGGGGCAAAACAUCUUCCCACAUUGUCCAAAAGCCUCACGGAGCAUCAAGGUUCGCUGGCUCCCGAGUAAAAGAAAGAGGAACACAAGGUGUAGCUGUGGUCUUUGGUUAUUCGGAUGGAGAGCGGUUCGAGCGCAGCCGUGGAUUUGCGGGAAUACGGGCGACAUCCGGGUCGCACGUAAAGAAAUAAAGGCAGCUGGGGUCCGGGGUGGAAGUUUAAAAAAGCAAACUUACAAUAGCGAUGGAAAGCUAGAGAUGAAUAAGCGCGGGCAACGUUACAACUGA